AUGUCAUACCGUGGUCCAAAUCAAUUUCAAAAUCAAUUUAAUGCUCCGCACCAACAACAAGCACCGCUGCAACAUUUUGGUGUUCCGCCUAGACAACCGCAUACUAUUGGUCCAAUAACUAGUUCCAAAUCACCUUUGGAGCAAUUUGAACACUAUAGUAAGAAAAUUGAAGAUUUAAUUGAUGAAAAAUUCAAGCCCUUGAAACCGUAUGUGCCAGCAAUUGGAAGGGCAUUCCUUGUUGCCACUUUUUAUGAAGAUACCAUGAGAAUUUUUUCACAAUGGAAUGAGCAGGUUUAUUAUUUGCACAAUUAUAGACACUAUUGGAGAUGGUUUACUGUUGUGUUUUUGUUUCAAAAUAUGUUGGUUAUGACUAUUGCUUCCACAAUGUUGAUUGCUAGAAAAAAAAUCAAUAUUGCCACCAUUGCUUUAAUUUGUGUUGUUAUUGCUCAAGGUGUUGUUUAUGGUUUGUUAUUUGACUCUCAAUUCAUUUUGAGAAAUUUGUCAGUUGUUGGUGGUUUAGUAUUGGCAUUUUCAGAUACGAUUGUUAGGGAUAAACGAUCAUUAAAUAUGCCUGGUUUACCAAUGUUGAAUAACCAAGAUAACAAGAAAUAUUUCUUAUUGGCAGGAAGAAUCUUGUUGGUGCUUUUGUUUUUGGGGUUUGUUUUCUCCUCCGAAUGGUCAUUGGGUAGAGUAUUGAUUAUUAUUGUUGGUAUUGCUUCUUGUGCUUCCAUAAUUGUUGGAUACAAGACUAAAUUUGCUGCUGCUGUAAUGUUAUCAUUGUUGUUUGUUUACAAUGUGGUUACUAACCAAUUUUGGAGUUAUGGAGCCCGUGAUGCCAGAAGAGAUUUCUUGAGAUAUGAAUUUUUCCAGGUCUUGUCAAUUGUUGGUGGAUUAUUGUUGGUUGUUAAUGCCGGUGCAGGUGAGUUUUCCAUUGAUGAAAAGAAGAAGAUCUAUUAG